AUGGAGACGGAGACGAGCACAAUACCGCCAAAGCCCCCAAGGCUCACACUAGAAGAAAAUUCACUAGCUUCCCAGGUACUGGAGAUCAUUGGUGGGGUCACUCUUGAGGCCCUUCAGACUCUGGAGGAACCCGAAGAAAGAGAUGUGUGGUCAAUGGAGGAGGGGGACGACUCUGUGUUCUACAGUGAUGAGGACCAAGCUCAUCAGGACAUAAAAACAAACGCACAGCGUUUAGUGCACAGCGAGUGUGAGCAUCCUGUCAACAGUGUGGCAGCUGAUGAUGAACCUGUCCUGGCAGAGGAGGAUGGUCCAGGCAAAGAAUGCACGACUGGCAGAGAAAAUUCAGAGAUGGAGAAGGAAGUGACUCUGCAGGCCAUUCUGACCGAACAAGGAGGGGAACAUCAAGAGCUCCAAAUGGCAGAAACUGAGCCUGUGGAUCAGUCAGACGCAGCAGACCCGGGAGCACAGUCUAAUCGAACUCCAGAGACGUCUGUGAGCACCUGUGGAGAAUCUCUGCAACUGAACUGCACAGACAUGCAAACCCAGCCGGAGCAAAACAUAGCAGCAGAAAAAGUAGAGGAAGAGGAUGUGAUGCUAGACACACCAAACCUUCAACCCUUUGAUGCAACUAAUGAGGAGAGUAUCACAAGACUGAACGUGGAGGCAGAGGUCCCAGAGCAGAUGUCUGGUGCUGAACUCCAGGUAUCAGGAAAUAGGCAGCUGCAGGUGGACCGGGAGCCAGAGCAGGACCACAACAUCCAUUCUCCCGUGGGCUUUCAUCAAAACCCCAGCCCAGGCUACUCCACCCUGCCUCUGCCGAAGAAAUCCGGCCACCAGAAACCCUUCAACCACCUCUCUUCCUCCAAAUACGGCAGUGUGUCCUACCGCAAGAUCCGCAGAGGAAACACCCGCCAGAGGAUCGAGGAGUUUGAGUACAUGAUGAUGAAUUUAUGA